ACAAUUCGCUCGUGGACAUCGCUACGUAAUUGCCAAUGUGCACCACCCGUGAACAUGCGCUAGCUUACGGAACGGGAAAGCGAUCGAGCAAAAACUCUUACGGGCCUCUUAUUCUUCUCUCUGGUUUUCACAAGAAGAUGAAACGAAAUGUUACAUCUGCUUAUGUACUAUAUAACAAAAAUGGUCUCAGGACGAACCGAGCUACUCUCCCGCCCUCUUGUUUUUGCUUGCUUUUUAUUUACAGCAGUUAAAGCAGUUUACAGUUAUACUGCACCGCGGUGUAGAGAUCUAUUUUCUGCGCUAACAGACAACAUUACUGCACAUUGCACACAACUCUGCUAUCACGACGCGGAUAUAUCUCGCAUAAUUACAUGUAGAUUUUUUCACGUUCAAUCGAAUAUUUUUAUAAGUUUAUUAAAAUUCGUCUACUUUUGAUUUUUUAUUGGAUCGAAAUUAUUCGGAAUGAAGAAUGACGUAUUGAUGAUGCUCUGAUAGAGAUGUGUUAUGACAAAAACACUUGUAAAACCAACAGUGGGAAGUUGACAAACUCAGACUUGUCAUGCUGUUUUUAUUUAUUAAAAUAUGGAGAAAUACGUAUAUACAUAUGCGCAAAGUGUGGAACAGUUCGUACAAGAAACUGCUCUAUAUAUUUUAAACAAGUGCAGCAAGUAGAAAUUGAUGUAAGUUCUGUGUGACAACAUAGUUGAUGAAUAAUUUGCUCUCGAUCUGAUGACAACCGUGUUGUGUCGGCUUUGAUGAUCUUGGGUGACGGACUUUGUACAAAAAAAAUGAGAAUGUGGCGGCGCACAUAGCUAAACAAUAUCUUGUCUCUAUUUUGUGACAAACAACACAAACAAAAAUGAACAAAGAUAUGCCAUUAAGUAUAGAAUGGAUUCCAAAAGAUGCGUAUACGCACAAUUCUCUGGAUCAUUUUCUGCCGGGAGAUCAAAACGGACGCAAUGUUGUGUUUAUAAAACAAGAAUCUGAAUUCUUGGAAAAAGCGUUAAACACACAAACUUUGAAAAACAUGCUUGUUACCAUGCAAGUCCCUGAAUCUACGGACGAAGAUGAGAUGAAACGACAAAAUUGUCAGGAAACAUCAGCAACUCAAUGUCAAACAGAAUCUCCCAAAAGGAUGCCGGAACAAUUAACCGAGACUUCUAAGAAAUCAUACAACAAAGCUCGCAUUGACGUAAUAGAGGUCUCGACAGAAUCUACAUCUGAAUAUCGGUAUUUUUUCACUUACGAAGAUCAAUCCUCUAAAUUCACAGUGCUAAGAGCUCUUUGCGGCAACACUGCCAAAGAAGUUGCGGCAAAAUUGUUAGAUGUGUUGGCGAUCAUAGGGGCACCAAGAGUGUUAAGAAGUGGCAACGGACGUAAGUUUGCCGAACAAGUUGUGCGCGAACUGCGUUCACUGUGCAAGAAUUUCUUCAUAUUGCACGGAGACUUGCCUAAAUCCGAAGUUAGCUGCAGGGAUUUUAAGAGCUUGCUCGAAUCCUGGAUGAGGGAGAAUUCGACCAGAAUCUGGUGGGAGGGUUUGAAUUUCGUACAGAUGCUUCACAAUACGACGUAUCACUGUCAGAAUGGCAAAGUUCCGUGUGACAUGUUGUUCGGACGAAAUGUACGCGAGAAGUUUCAAAAUACCUGGGCGGAAAAGGAUACGGAGAAUGUGUGGACGGAAGAAAACUGGAUCGAGAGUUCGUCGAUCACCGAUUCCUUAUCGGUGAUUCGUGAGGAAAAUGAAAACGUGCAAGAAACACAAAGUCAGAAUGCGUAUUCGAAAGACAACGACGACGUGAACGGUUUUAGUUUCGUCGAUGUAAAAAGCGAAGCUCUCGUGGGCAGUAAACGCGGAACGGAUUCACAAGAUACGAAUGAAACAGACGCGAGAAUCGAAUCGAAAGAUAACGAAAACGCUCGAUCUCUCAAGUGCAAAUAUUGUCAGAAACAGUACGCGAGACUCGGACAUUACAAGAAUCACAUGAGAACUCACAGAGCAGAACAACUGCAAUGUAAGCUGUGCGGCAAAAGUUUUAGAGUUGCGAGAUUGUACGAGAAGCACGUUGCGUCACACGAACAGAACAAAUUAGCUAACAAGGAAGAAGUGAAUGAAAAUAUCAAAAGCAACGGCGACGCGUUAACGGCUGUGCUUAAGAAAGAAAACUGUCAAGUUAAAACACACGAAAUAUCCAAGAUAGCGAAUGAAGAUCGUGACACGUCGUUGGUCGCGAAAGAUUCCUGUGAUAAGAUCGUCGAGAACUCGAGUCAAACCGCAAGACGAAAGUUGUCCACGGAAAGCGGCGUUCGCGUGUCAAAAGCGCAAUCGCCUCUGGAGUGUACAUACUGCAAGCAGAAGUUCAGCUUUCCGAGCGUGCUGGUAAGGCACUUGCGGUCGCACACGAAUGAGCGACCGUACGUAUGCAAGGUGUGCAACAAGAGCUUCAAGCAGCUGGGACAUCUGAGUCAACACUCUCUGACGCAUCACGAUUAUCGCUCGUUCCAGUGCGCGGUUUGCGGUGUGAAGUUCGAUUCGCUGGACUCUCUGAAGAAACACGCUAACUCGCACGAGGGCGAUGGCGCAAUGACAACGCCCAGAAUUCGCGAAUAUCGCGUGUUCGAGUGCGACACCUGCAAGAAGGUGUUCGCGACUAAGAGCGUCUUGGAGCGGCACAUACUCACGCACACGCAGGAACGCCAGUACGAUUGUAAAGUAUGCGGCAAACGCUUCAAACAGGCCGGCCACGUGAAAUCGCACAUGCUGAUACACACCGGCGAGCGUCGCUUCCAGUGCACCGUUUGCUCGAAACGCUUCAGCCUGUCCAACUCGCUGAAGAAGCACAUGUACGUGCACAAUGGCGAGAAGCCGUAUCAGUGCGACGUGUGCGGCGCGCGGUUUCUGGAGAAGCGCAAUCUCAACGGCCAUCUGCUUACGCACACCAAUGAGCGUCCGCACGGUUGCAAGAUAUGCGGCAAACGUUACACCCUGGCCGAUACUCUGCGACGUCACGUGAGCGUCGCGCACAAGGACGGUCGCACUUAUCAGUGCGAGAUCUGCGCAAAGAUGUUUAAGCAGCUCGCCCAUCUGUCGGUGCACAAAAAGGUCCACAACGACGAGCGACCGUUUCAAUGUCACUUGUGCGAGAAGAAUUUCAAGCACAAAAACGUGCUCAAGUCGCAUCUUGCGAUUCACGCAAACGUACGGCCGUUCGAGUGUGAUGUGUGCAAAGCCACCUUCGUGAGGAAGACGAACUUGCAGACGCACAUCUCGUCCGCACACAUGAACGAGCGUCCGUAUGUGUGCACUAUCUGUGGCAAACGUUUCAAACAGAUCAGCCAUUUAAACGGCCACGUGAUUGUGCACAGCAAUCUGAUGCCCUACAAAUGUGACUUCUGCGAUCGUCGAUGCAAUCGACUCGACAAUCUGAAGAAGCACAUGCGUCUUCAUACGAAGAACAAAGAGUGAAGACAAAACGCGAAUUUUGGUAUCCGAGAGAGAGAGAAAGAGAGAAAAAAAGAGAUCUGAAUAGAGUAUACAAUUUUUAUAGAGAUAAGCCUCAAAGACAAAAUAUCUGUGUGUGGAAAAACACACAUGUAAAAAUAUACACUUAGAAGAAGUAACUUUUUACUAUAUAAAUAAAUAAAUUGUUUUUUAUACGCUAUAUAUUGUACUUAAAAAACGGAGAAAUAUUCAAU